GCCAUAGGCUGCUCCCAGCCAACUGCAGUUCUGGGAGGUCAGUUCAGAGGCCAUAGAGUAAGAUUAAUAGUGUUCUCAAAUUUACUGGUGCAUACAAUGCUUUUUGCUCCUUUUUUGCACGCGUAACAUCAAAUAACCAUAAUUUCACCAGCUGCAGGCUAUCCAUGAAAAGGUGUCUGGUGGGUUUGCCUACCUGAGGGUUUUUACUUUAUGGACUAGGGGGAGCUCUUGUCUGAUGAUGAUGUCAGGACAUGACGCUGACUGUGCUGCCCUGGCUGCUGAUGGGGAACUGCUCAUGAAACAGCCCAGUGAGGAGAGAGGAAGCGCAAGCACCGUCCCCUCAUGGCUGCUCCCACGCCGCAGAAACAGGAAUCGCUGCUGCUGCUUCCUCUUUAAGAAACCACUGACAUUUGACCUCUUCCACUCCCCACUUUGAUCUGCGUCCAAGUCAGCUGGAGAGCAGAUUGGGAAGGCUGGUCAUGGUGUCGCCAGAGAAGGUGUGGGAGCCCAUGCAUGCGGGCCAGUCUUAUGUAAGCCACGACCACCUGGAUCCUACAGCCCUUCUGCCACAUACAACACAGUGCAACAGAGGAAGUACCACAGACUGAAGCUGUCAUCUGGGACUUUGCAUACCUGUCCCACAGCUCAGGACAUUGAGUUCCACUCAAUUAAAAAACACAUUCUGUUGCCAGGACAGGGAACAAGGAGGUGUUGUGGAGAUGAAGGCUAAAAGACAUGGGUCUCGGGGAGAGGUUGUUAUGGAGGACAGACUGGAGGACAUGCCCGAUGGACCUAAAAAUGCAAAAAUCACCCUCAGCUUUCCACUUAGUGCUGCACCGCUCCCCCUGACUCUGACAUCUCCCAACCACUGCCGUAGUUCCUCAUCGUCCUCCUCUCCUUCUCCACAACGGCGUCGCCAAACCUCCAAAUGCUCAGACGAGGGGGCGCUAUGGAAACUGGAUUCUACCACAGACGUUAAGCACAGGCCUUUUAAGCCUCCCAGGCGUGACAGCUCUCCGUCCUCCUCUCCUUCCUCCUCCUCUUCUCCAAUGACUGCUCACACACUCAUGAGAAAGGACAUCAAAUCCCCGCCUCCACUCAAGUGCUCUAAACUGAGCCCAGACACUCCGUUUCAUAGAUCACCACCAAGGUCUUCCAGUGGGGCUUUGGAAGGCUGUUACGGAGGGGAUGUAUGGGAUGAACGACACAAGCUGCCCAGCACUGCAGCCUCUCAGACCGCUCAGAUCCUCUUCAGCUUGGGCUCAGCUUAUAACAGGCCUGGGGACACAGAGGGAAGAGAGAAAAUAACCAAGAGACCAGCUGGCAAACCAGGGGGCUCUCAUGGUCCAAGUCUUCACCCGCCCUCUCUGCAUCUUCCUCCCCCUUUGCCCCCACCUCCUCCAUCUGAAGGCCACACUGCACCAUCCCAUCCGUCCUCCUAUUCCCCCUCAGACAGCCUAAAGCCUGAACUCAUAUGUGGCGUGUGCCACCGGCUCUUCAGCUCUGCCGCUUCCCUCACAGUCCACAUGAGGCUGCACCGUGGCAGCCGCGCCCUCAGCUGUCGCUACUGUGGCAAAGUGUUCAUCCACAGCAAGAGGCUGCAGUCUCACGAGGCCUCCUGCAGAGUGCCAGAGCUCCCCUCUAGCAGCCUGGGCCCUCCUGCCCUCACCAUGCAGCCCAAAGAGGAGCCCCUGGAGGAGGGAGAGGUGAGGGUAGAAGGAGGGGUGAUCGUGGCCCAGGCGGACAUCACUAAAGCACGGCCGGGAAAGAAAGCACAGAAUCUCCUGGCACGAAUCCAAAGUGAUGAUGCAGCAGCCGCAGAGCUACUAGCGGGUGAUGAGCACCAUUUUGUAAAGGUUGUAGACGGCAAUGUCAUCUACUUCUGUUCUGUGUGCGAGCGCUCCUAUAUGACCCUGUCCAGUCUCAAACGCCACUCCAACGUGCACUCAUGGCGGCGCAAAUACCCGUGCCAUUACUGUGAUAAGGUUUUUGCUUUAGCCGAGUACCGCACAAAGCACGAGGUGUGGCACACAGGAGAGCGCCGCUACCAAUGCAUCUUCUGUUGGGAUGCCUUUGCCACAUACUAUAAUCUGAAAACACACCAGAAAACCAUACAUGGCAUUAAUCCCAGCCUCAUCUCCAGUGAAAAGACAGCUAAUGGAGGCUAUAAGCAGAAGGCAAAUGCCCUGAAGCUCUACCGUCUUCUUCCUAUGCGCUCCCAAAAGAGACCAUAUAAGACCUACAGCGACAGUUUGCAUAAUGGAUUGCUGCUGCAAUCAGCUGAAAACCCUUCUCUUGCUGUGCCUGGCCUGGACUGUGCUCUGAGCCCUGGAGAUCUGCAGAGUCUCCUGAGUGGGACCCAUCCUCAGACUGUUAAGCCCGACCCCGAUGACUUCCCCGACAGCUUCCCUGUUACUGUGCCUGCUGAGCAAAGAGACCACUCUGGAUUACCACAACUCUCUCAGACAGACAUGUCUCCCAUUAGAAAACAUGACAGUGAGGUGGCAGAAACUGAACAGGGCAGAGCAGGUGGCAGCUUUAAAAUGUCCAGUAGCAGCAGAACCAAAAUGUCCAAGACAGGUAGAUGCCCAGAUACUAACAUGCCUUCUGUGAUAACAUAUGGCCACACAAAACCCUCUGUAAUAGACAUGGGACAUCUGUGUCCUCCUCUGUCAUUGUGCAGCAAUCAGGUCACAUCUGGAAAUGACAAAACAGACUGCUCUUCUUCUUUAAGUAGUAGCCAAACUUUACACAAAAACAGCCCCAAAUUGAUGAAGAAAAGGGACAGUCUAGAAAAUCACAGAAAGCGAUCUAGAGACAGUUCAGAUACAACAGACGAUGGUUCAAGAAGCAGACGAGACACAGACACCGGCACAAAACCAUUACACAAAUCACGUAAGUCGCACAGUAAAAGUGAAAUAAGCACUUCAAAACAGCAGUCGCCAACUAUAAGUUCACAGGGCAAAGAUGCAGGGCCAUUGUGCCAGAUAACAGUACGCAUAGGGGAGGAGGCUAUAGUGAAGCGCAGCAUUUCAGAGACAGACCUUAGGAGAGACAAAAGCCUUUCUCCUCCUAAAAACAAACGCAGUGACACAUCAUCUGGGAAAGAGGUUAAAGAUUCCAGACACUCACACUCCCACCAUCACCACAAACACCGCAGGGCCAGUUUAGAUGCACAGGAAACACGUGAGAAAGAGGAGGUGAGGAAGCAGUACAGCCCCGAUGCAGUCAGAGAAUACUACUUCCGUCAAGAGGUGCGCGAGCAACAAGAGAGUGAUCAUGACAAUGAGGACAAUUUAUGGAGACCGUACUACUCUUACAAGCCUAAAAGAAAGGUCCAAGCACACCUGCAGAGAGUGAAGACCUGGCAAAGAAAACUCAAAUUCAAACGCUCUUUGAGGCUUAAAAGGAGAGUAGACAGACUCAAGAACCUUUCAACUAAAGACACAGAAAAGUCAAAUUAUGAGGAAGAGGAAGGAAUAAGUGAUAGGGCUGAUACAAUGUCAAAAACUAAAAAGGAAAAAGGUAAAAAGAAAAAGUAUGAUUUCUCAGUUUCAAAGGAGAAGAAGAUAGAUUCAGAUGAGCAAGUUAAGGAAGUCCAGGCUAAAACAUCUCCUCCUAUUCUUGACCCCCCAAAGUCUUCUCAGUCUACCUCAACUGCCCCCACUGCAAUCAAAAGGCGACCCUGGACGAAUGGGAACGCAGCAGAGUGUGGUACAUGUGGACGCUGGUUCUCAAGUACCAGGAAGAGAGACAAACAUGAGCUGAGCCAUCUGCUGGAGUUUGUCUGUCUCUUCUGUAGAGCCACUUUCCCGUCCACCGAAAAGUUGGAAGACCACCAGAAAGCCCAGCAUCCCAAGCCUGUCGAGUCCCCCUCCCAGUUAGUGGCCCCUAAAGUAGCACUUACUGAUCCAACUGAAGGAGCCAGGCUUAAACAAGUGCCAGCUAUCACAAAAUAUGAUGAAGAUAAAGCCUCUCAUGCUGUAGAUCGUAUUUCCAGUCCAAGUCGGUUGAGCAGAAGCACUAUCCGGCACACUUGCCCACAAUGUCAUAAAGUGUGCAAGACCUCGUCAGCUUUAAACAGACAUAUCCGGCGCCAUGAGUUAAGUAGUUCCCCCGAGAGAGAUGACAAAGAACCUAAAACACAAAUUACUAGCAGAGAAUUGCACAGUGAGAAGGAGCAGGCACCUUUAGCCCUCUCGGUUUCAGUUAUAAACUAUACACCAUCUGAGUUAGCUAGUUCAAAUGAGCAUGGUUUUCAAAGUGAUACAAGCAAACAGUCUAAUGAGCUUAAAGUUACUGAGAAAAAUGUGUUUACAGAGCCCAAAGAAAUAGCCAGAGAACCUACCCCUCAAAAUGACCCUGUGUUAGAUCAACCCAUUAAUCUUACACCUAGUAAACCAGACUUUUCCCCAGCAGCGCACAGUGUCUUGAUCAUGAACGGAUCCGAAUGCCUAGAUUAUCGUACUCCCAGUAAGAAAAACUUAGAUGCUCAGUGCCACAGACUGCCCAGCCCUGUGCAAUGUCCCAACAACACCAGAAUCACCACUGCUUCUCUACCGCCUGUUUCCAUGACAACAACUCCCACCCCUGAGGCGGGAUACAGGAACCGGGAUGGGGUCAUUAUAGACAGAGACAGACAAAAAGGGGGGGAUAGGUAUUUGCACUCCAGUUUUGAGGAACCACCCCUAGUGCACCAUCUGAGAGUGCAGCCUCAGUCGAGAUGUGAGUCCCCCAACGAAGCACAAGACUUAACCAUGUCGUCCCUACGUGCCAGAGAGAGAGAGCUAGAAAAAGAAAGGGAAAGAGAGAAACAGAGAAUGCAGCAGAUUAGAAUUAUUAAGCACGCUCAGGACAACCACAAUGCUUUACUGGUGCCUAAAGAGGAGCCUUUAAGCCCUGUGCAGUCCCCCCAUCACAUGCCCACUCCAAACAAUGUAAAUGGCAACUCUGCACACAGACACACUCCCAAGCCUCCCUGUCUAACUCCCUCUGCUAUGGGACAACCAGCUGAGCCCACCCGCCACGCCUCUCAGCCAGAUGGGGCAGCUGCUGCUGACCGCCCCUCUGCCCAUGCUCUGCCCCUCCCCAGGGCUCCACAGGCUCCACAUGACACUGACAACCAGGACAAUUCAAGAGAUUUCCAACAGGUGGAGGACUAUCCUGACCAGGAAUACCCUCUACCACUCACAGUACCAGACAGCUACCGCUCUGAUAAAAAGCAGGAUGAUGGUCUACUCGUGCCCUCUUAUCCUUCUGGAACACUUCCUUUUGGUACAUUGGGGAAAGUGGUUGUUCCUAAUGGAGCAGACUUGAGCAAAAUUCCCUUCUACCCAGAUCCCUACCCUCUGCUGUACGGACCCCAGCUGCUAGCAUACCCCUACAACUUAGCUGCUCUUCCAGUUGCUCUUAACAUGAUGGCUCCUGGUGGAGACAAAGUAGAACCACUGCCUUUCCUCCCUGCCAUAUUUAACUACGCCACUGGGCCCUAUAUGGGUGCAGCGCCACACCCCCUUGUGGCCAAUACUACCCUCUACAGUACUGGCAGCAGUGAAGGCAAGAAACAACGGGACAACACCAGCAAACCAUAGGACAAGACACACUGAGCAGAUGUAGGCCAUUUUGGAGGGACGUGACUGGUGUGGGCUUACUGCAGCAGGACCCCUCCUCUCUUGUAUUCAGUAGAUCUGAGCUAGGCACUUAAUUAGAGGAGUGAAACUUUACUCCUGCUCGCCCUUGCACCAGUCUCUCCUGUCAUUCUGUAGUGUGUAAUAGUCCUAGAGCUUGAUGAAUCUUCCCUCGCUGUAUUAUCUAUAUUAUACAAAUAUGAACUGCUAACAGGGUGUGUGUUGUGUGAAACAUUAGUUCAGUCAGCUUCCCUUUAUAGUCACUGCAUAAUGAGGCUCUUCUAGAGUGGCAUGUGUGGGCACGACUAGACAAAACACAAGUCUUCACUUAAAACAACGUGAGGCUUUAAGCAAUGACAAUACUUGUAUGUGUACAUGGACAAGUAUAAAGGGAUCUGUGCAUACCGAGUGGGGCUUGUACAGGUUUAGUGCAUAAUAGAAGUGUGCAUUACUGUGAAUGAAGGGGGAUUUCAUGAAUGAGUUUAUCAUUCCAUGUGGUUUGAAGGCACACACAAAUUCCUGCUUUAGUUGGAAUGGUUACUGUGUUGUGCAUAGGGCAUCUAAAUGUUAGUCUGAGUACAAGUACAUGACAAUGACGUCUCAGUGGAGCUGGACAGAUGAGAUCAAUUCUAAAGCAUUCACCAUAGUUUAUGUCAUGUGCACCAAAUAGUAAAAAGGUGCCUGCUUAAAUGGGGCACUAGUAGCUGCUUUGGAUAUGUAGCUGGUCACUGGGUAAGAAAUACGACUGAUAGACCAUUGCACUCCCAUUUUUAUCAUCUCAUUUCUAUGACUUAAAAUAGUAUUUACAAGUCAGCCUUUAUUUUGUGAGUAGCUUUCAUUUUGCUGGAACGAUCAUUUUCCUUGGAUGAAGUCAAUGACAAUAAUUAAGGAAGGAGAAAAAGAAUUCAGGGUAUUGAGGUUUUUCUGCAGAGACAAGGGCACAAAACUGUAGGACAGGGACAAACUGCCUUCUUGUUGAGGGCAGUGUAGGGCGAGGCGGAGAUCUGGGGCCAAAGUGCCCCACGCUCUUCUGUUUUGGGGCUUUUUGUUCCAUGUUUUGUUCUGUUUAUAUUUGUUUUGUUAAACUGUUUGUUAAUGUUGUUUAGUCCCCUGACCUGAUGGAAAGGGGAUGAACCUAAAAUAAUGAAUGUAAAUCUAGUCGUGAGGUUAAUGAAGUACAGCACAGCUGCAUUGUUGCUAGAAUCAGUCUUUUAUAUUAUUUGAUACAAAUAACCAGUUAAAGUCGUAUAAUAUCUGGUAUGCAUAUAAACAGUAGUUCUAGAAACUUUGGUUCUGUAUCCACAAAGCAUGAGCAACACUUGCUUCCUAAACAUGUAUAUCCUCACCAAGGUUGACAUAGUACGCUUUAGUUUCUUUUUUUUUUCAGACUUUCAUAUCUAAGUUCACUCACUGUUGUUUGAUAAGUAUACGGACAUGUGUGACAGUACUGGGAUGGCUUUUGGAUUGAAAAGGAAUUAAACACAGUGACCAAAGGGUGCACAAAUGCCCUCUCUUUACAAUGGUUACAAGCCUUUUGUGAUUGAGUGACAAAAGUGAAAUUAUGAUUGAGAAAACCAAAACAGACCUACUAAGGAGCAUUAUUACAGUAAUACAUGGUCCACGUGUGUUGUUCACUUUGAGGGUUUAUCUCAUUGUAUAAAGCCUUGCUGUAUCUAAUAUAAUAUCUCAAGCCAUUCCUGUAGAUGCACAUGUUGUAUUUUGGACCAUUUCUUAUGCCAUAGUUCACCUGUUAUCAUACAGACCAAAAGCAUGCAAAAUGAUGUAUUGUAGUGACUGGAUUGAAAUCUGGUGGUCAUAUAAACUAUUAAUUGUAUGUUUUAGUUGAAAUGAAUGUGCCUCUGCUUUGAUAACUAUCUAUGGUGAGAAGAUUUCCAGAUUUCAAGUGUUAAGGUGCCUUGUUGUGGCAAAAGAAAUUUCAAAAGUAAAUGAACGUUUUCUUGAAAACGGAUAUUAUAAUAUGGAGAGUUUAUGGCUUUGCUCUGAAGCUGUAGAUGUAGGGGUGUGUGGCAUUGUGUACAUGUCUAGGGUAAUACUGUGCCAUAUAGAGCUCACAGAGUAUGUUAAUGUUAUUUUUAAAGAUGUUUUAAUGUUGCCUGAUAACUUUGUCUUUAGAUUUGAUACAAAGGCUUGUAGCCACAGCUCCCCAAAGUCUGUAGUCUCCUUUUCUGACAUAACUGUUCUCUAUCUCCCUCCUUGUUUAUGUCUACUGUUUCAACUUGCUGCAAUCAAACAAAAUAAAGUAUUAACCUGAUGACCAAUCAAAAAUAA